GGCGGGAAGGAGGCCUGGCGGCCGUUGAGAGCGAGAGACAGACAGAGAGAGAGACUGACCGGCUCCUCACACAACACCAGUCGCCAUGGCGCAGAUACUGCCCAUCCGCUUCCAGGAGCAUCUCCAGCUCCAAAACCAAGGAGUGAAUCCAGCCAACAUAGGGUUCAGUACCCUUACCAUGGAAUCUGAUAAAUUCAUCUGCAUCCGUGAGAAGGUGGGUGAACAGGCCCAGGUUGUUGUCAUUGAUCUAAGUGACCCAACAAAUCCCAUCAGACGUCCAAUAUCUGCAGACAGCGUCAUUAUGAACCCAGCCAGCAAAGUGAUUGCUCUGAAAGAUGCUGGGAAAACCCUUCAGAUCUUUAACAUUGAGAUGAAGAGUAAAGUGAAAGCGCACACAAUGACAGAAGAAGUGAUGUUCUGGAAGUGGAUCUCUGUGAACACUGUCGCCCUGGUAACUGAGACUGCGGUCUUCCAUUGGAGCAUGGAAGGCGACUCUCAGCCGCAGAAGAUGUUUGACAGACACGCAAGUUUGGCGGGUUGCCAGGUCAUUAACUACAGGACAGACCAUCAGCAGAAGUGGUUGCUUCUAAUCGGAAUUUCUGCUCAGCAAAAUCGGGUGGUGGGAGCAAUGCAGCUGUAUUCAGUGGAGAGGAAGGUCUCCCAGCCUAUUGAGGGGCAUGCUGCAGCUUUCGCUGACUUCAAGACCGAAGAGAAUCCAGCACCAUCGACCCUAUUCUGCUUUGCUGUCCGCAGCCAAGCUGGAGGGAAGCUGCAUAUAAUAGAAGUGGGGCAGCCACCGGCUGGGAAUCAGCCUUUCUCAAAGAAAGCAGUGGAUGUGUUUUUCCCUCCCGAAGCUCAGACUGAUUUCCCAGUAGCAAUGCAGAUUGGAGCUAAGCAUGGCGUUAUAUACUUGAUCACCAAGUAUGGCUACAUCCACCUGUAUGACCUGGAGUCUGGUGCUUGCAUCUACAUGAAUCGUAUCAGUGCAGAGACCAUUUUUGUGACCGCUCCUCACGAACCUACUUCUGGGAUUAUUGGAGUCAACAAGAAAGGGCAGGUGCUGUCUGUCUGUGUGGAGGAAGAAAACAUUGUCAAUUAUGCCACUAAUGUGCUCCAGAAUCCUGACUUGGCCUUGCGUAUGGCUGUGAGAAGCAAUCUGGCUGGUGCUGAGGAGCUCUUUGCUCGAAAAUUUAACACCUUGUUUGCACAGGGAAGCUAUUCAGAAGCUGCUAAAGUGGCAGCAUCUGCACCAAAGGGUAUUCUGCGUACUCCUGACACAAUCAGGAAAUUCCAGACUGUGCCAGCCCAGCCAGGGCAAGCUUCCCCUCUGCUGCAGUAUUUCGGAAUUCUCCUUGAUCAGGGACAGCUGAACAAGUUCGAAUCGCUGGAGCUCUGCCGGCCAGUCCUGCAACAGGGCCGCAAGCAACUGCUGGAAAAGUGGCUGAAAGAAGAUAAGUUGGAGUGUUCAGAAGAGCUUGGAGACCUGGUGAAGACCGCAGACCCUACCCUGGCUUUAAGUGUCUAUCUUCGAGCCAAUGUGCCAAACAAGGUCAUACAAUGCUUUGCAGAGACUGGACAAUUCCAGAAAAUUGUUCUUUAUGCAAAGAAGGUUGGUUACACUCCAGACUGGGUCUUUCUCCUGAGAAAUGUCAUGCGGGUCAGCCCAGACCAAGGGCUCCAAUUUGCUCAGAUGCUUGUUCAGGACGAUGAGCCUCUCGCUAACAUCAAUCAGAUUGUGGAUGUUUUUAUGGAGAACAACCUAAUCCAACAAUGCACGUCUUUCCUGUUGGACGCAUUGAAAAAUAACAGGCCAUCGGAGGGCCACCUGCAGACUCGUCUCCUUGAAAUGAAUCUGAUUCAUGCACCCCAGGUCGCUGAUGCAAUCCUUGGGAACCAGAUGUUCACCCACUAUGACCGUGCCCACAUUGCACAGCUGUGUGAGAAGGCAGGCCUACUGCAGAGGGCUCUAGAGCACUACACUGAUCUGUACGACAUUAAGCGAGCAGUUGUCCACACUCACCUUCUGAACCCUGAGUGGCUUGUGAACUUUUUUGGUGCCUUAUCAGUGGAGGAUUCUCUAGAGUGCCUGCGUGCUAUGUUGUCCUCUAAUAUUCGCCAGAAUUUGCAGCUCUGUGUGCAGGUAGCAUCCAAGUACCAUGAACAGCUUGGCACCCAAUCCUUGGUAGAGCUUUUUGAGUCCUUCAAGAGCUAUGAAGGGCUCUUCUAUUUUCUCGGAUCCAUUGUGAACUUCAGCCAGGAACCGGAUGUUCACUUUAAGUACAUUCAGGCUGCCUGCAAGACAGGGCAGAUCAAGGAGGUUGAGCGUAUAUGUCGUGAGAGCAACUGCUACGAUUCGGACCGUGUGAAGAACUUCUUAAAGGAAGCCAAGUUGACAGAUCAGCUCCCGCUGAUCAUUGUGUGCGACCGAUUCGACUUUGUCCACGACCUGGUUCUGUAUCUCUAUCGCAACAACCUGCAGAAGUACAUUGAGAUCUAUGUUCAGAAGGUGAACCCAAGCCGACUGCCAGUGGUGAUCGGUGGCCUGCUCGAUGUGGACUGCUCAGAAGAUGUCAUUAAAAACCUCAUCACUGUUGUCCGCGGGCAGUUUUCCACUGAUGAACUAGUGGCUGAAGUGGAGAAGAGAAACAGGUUAAAGCUGCUGCUCCCGUGGUUGGAAGCCAGAAUUCACGAAGGUUGUGAGGAGCCUGCUACCCACAAUGCUUUGGCUAAGAUCUACAUCGACAGCAACAACAACCCUGAACGCUUCCUACGUGACAACCCUUUCUAUGACAGCCGUGUGGUCGGUAAAUACUGUGAGAAGAGAGACCCGCACUUGGCCUGUGUUGCUUACGAAAGGGGUCAGUGCGACCUGGAGCUUAUCAUGGUUUGCAAUGAAAAUUCUCUCUUCAAAAGUGAGGCUCGAUAUCUUGUGCGGAGGAAGGAUCCAGACCUUUGGGCUAGCGUCCUGGAAGAGAACAAUCCCUACAGGCGCCAACUGAUUGACCAGGUUGUACAGACGGCACUGUCAGAGACACAGGAUCCAGAGGAAGUGUCUGUUACCGUGAAGGCGUUUAUGACUGCAGACCUGCCAAAUGAGCUGAUUGAACUGCUGGAGAAGAUAGUGUUGGACAACAAUGUGUUUAGUGAGCACAGGAACCUGCAGAACCUCCUGAUUCUCACAGCUAUUAAAGCAGAUCGUACCCGUGUUAUGGAGUAUAUCAAUCGCCUGGACAACUACGAUGCCCCUGAUAUUGCCAACAUCGCCAUUAGUAACGAACUCUUCGAAGAGGCCUUCGCAAUCUUCCGAAAGUUUGACGUGAAUACCUCCGCAGUGCAGGUUUUGAUUGAGCACAUUGGGAACCUCGAUCGUGCCUAUGAGUUUGCAGAGCGUUGCAAUGAGCCAGCUGUGUGGAGUCAACUAGCCAGGGCACAGCUGCAGAAGGACAUGGUGAAAGAGGCCAUUGACUCCUACAUCACUGAUGACCCGUCCGCCUACAUGGAGGUUGUCAAAGCAGCCAACAAGAACAAUAACUGGGAGGAUCUGGUGAAGUUUCUGCAAAUGGCUAGAAAGAAAGCCAAGGAAUCCUACGUGGAGACUGAGCUGAUAUUUGCUUUGGCGAAAACUAACCGUCUCUCUGAACUGGAGGAGUUUGUUAAUGGGCCCAACAAUGCCCACAUUCAGCAAGUUGGUGAUCGCUGCUAUGAGGAUGGCAUGUACGACGCAGCCAAGCUGCUUUACAACAACGUCUCCAACUUUGCCCGUCUGGCCUCCACUCUGGUCCACCUGGGAGAGUAUCAGGCCGCUGUGGACAGUGCUCGCAAAGCCAAUAGCACCAGGACUUGGAAAGAGGUCUGUUUUGCGUGUGUAGACGGCCAGGAAUUCCGCCUGGCCCAGUUAUGUGGCCUGCACAUCGUCAUCCAUGCAGAUGAGCUGGAGGAGCUGAUCAGUUACUACCAGGAUCGUGGCUACUUUGAGGAGCUGAUCUCUCUGCUGGAGGCAGCAUUGGGCUUGGAGCGGGCUCACAUGGGAAUGUUCACGGAGCUGGCCAUCCUGUACUCUAAGUUUAAGCCUCAGAAGAUGAGAGAGCACUUGGAACUCUUCUGGUCCAGAGUCAACAUUCCCAAGGUCCUGCGGGCUGCAGAGCAAGCCCAUCUGUGGGCUGAGCUAGUCUUUCUGUAUGAGAAAUAUGAGGAGUACGACAAUGCAAUCAUCACUAUGAUGAGUCACCCAACAGACGCUUGGAAGGAAGGACAAUUCAAGGACAUUAUUGCAAAGGUGGCAAAUGUAGAGUUGUAUUACAAAGCUCUGCAGUUCUAUUUAGACUUCAAGCCGUUGUUGAUCAACGAUCUCUUGAUGGUCUUGUCACCACGUCUGGACCAUACCAGGGCAGUCACGUUUUUCAGUAAGGCAAAUCAGUUGCAGCACAUUAAACCAUACUUGCGUUCAGUCCAGAGUCACAACAACAAAUCUGUGAACGAAGCUCUCAACAACCUACUGACCGAAGAGGAAGAUUACCAGGGCUUGCGAACGUCCAUCGAUGCCUACGAUAACUUUGACAACAUUAGCUUAGCCCAGCGCCUGGAGAAGCACGAAUUGAUUGAAUUCAGGCGCAUUGCCGCUUACCUCUACAAAGGCAACAAUCGCUGGAAACAAAGCGUGGAGCUGUGCAAGAAAGACCGUCUGUACAAGGACGCCAUGCAAUACGCAGCCGAAUCCAAGGACACCGAGCUCUCGGAGAAACUGCUGCAGUGGUUCCUGGAAGAGGAGAAACGCGAGUGCUUUGCCUCCUGCCUGUUCACCUGCUACGACAUGUUACGGCCAGAUGUGGUUCUGGAGCUCUCUUGGAGGCACAACAUCAUGGACUUUGCAAUGCCUUACUUUAUUCAAGUCAUGAGGGAAUACCUUACCAAAGUGGACAAACUCGACGCUUCAGAUUCUUUACGGAAGGAGGAAGAACAAGUGACGGAACCAGCCCCACUUGUAUUUGGUCAGCAGUUGAUGUUGACGGCAGGCACCACUCCAGUUCCCCCUCAACCCGGUUAUGCGUAUGGUUACACCCCUGGUUACCCCCAGCCUGCCUAUGGCUAUAACAUGUAGAUGUCAUCAGUCUUCAGCAAUACCCUUGCUUUAUUACCCUCUUCCCCCACCGCUCCCCAAUUCCCUCCUCCCAAGUCUUCAUGGAAUUGUAUGCCCUCUCCGUAUAGCUGAACACUCCCUCCCUCCCUCCCUCCCUCUGCCGCAUGAAGAUUUAUAAAGGACUUCUUGUUGCUGUUAUUUAUUAUUACAUUGUUACAUUUCAACUUUCAGAGUGUGUAGCUUUUUUUAAUUGUAUUUAGGAAAGUUUAAAAAGGCACUGACUUGAGUUAGAUGAAGACUAGUAUUAUUAACUGGUUUAUCGAAUUUGGUAAAUUUUUUCCGCUAGAUCGAGCCGCCUUUAUAAAGUCGGCAGCUCUUUAGUGCAAUGUACGGACUGUGUAAUGUACAGUUUAACCUUAGUUUAACACACGAUAAUGAUACGAAUAAAAAAAGGUAGCGUUUAAAUAUUGCCUGUGGAGUUUGACCUUACUGAAGGAGGUGCUGCGUUACUGCUGGUAUCUGCAUGUGUUGCCAAAUUAUUCUUAUGGAACGCGAACGAUGGAGGUUGGAAGGAGCACACACAAACAUUGCUUUAUUGGCACAGCACUGAACUUGGGUCUGGGCUCCUCACACAACAAAAGGGUUGGGUUUCUAUCAGAGGGAACUUUCAUGUGAAUUGCACCCUGAAAUGUCAAAGUGGGUGUAUGUGUAUGUGUGCCACUAUUCGAUUUAAUAGCCACCAUUUUAUGUACCUAAUGUAAAAUUUAUGAUAAGUUUAAAAUCAUGCAUAUUGGGUCUGAUAAGACUGUAAACCGAAUGUCAGUCAUCGAUGUGUGGUUGAAGUCUUUGUGUAUUUUUUUUCUUCGAUCUUGAACAAGGCACAUCUGGCUGUUCGACUGUCGUCAAGCAGGGUUUAGUGGGGCUGCUGGGGACCACGUAACGAUUGAGUGAGCGUGGGGUUAGUCUGAUAACAAACAAGGAUGGUCAUGCAGGUGGCAAAGAGUUGAGAGGAAAUUGUGCUGUUUAUAAUGGAUAAAUCUUAUAUGGAAGGUAUUGUUAAUGCUAUGACUGUACAAGUUCACUAAUGGAUGUGCAUUUGACUUCCCCUUGCUACCCACACAUGUCAUGCCAUCGGAAGGAUAAAUAAAGUUUACAGUUCUCAUUA